CGCAGUUAAGCCCAGCAGCCAUCUUCGGCACAGUUAACGGUGAUUCUGCCUCAUGUUCGGAUUUGUUUCUCUCUCUGGUCUCCUGGCCUUAAUUCUUUAUUUCCCCGUCGGUUCGAUGUCGUUCUAACAUAGCUAAUGAGUAAAAUCAUGCCAUCAUUGCUGUGGUGACGUGCGGAAGAAGAGCAGGCCCUGGUCAUGAGAGACAAAAAGGAGACACCAUGUGCCGAAAUCCAUCCAAGUAUGCCUUGCUUUUCCUCUUUCUGUCGUUGUCAGGAUUCAUCUUCCUGCUGCGCAACAUCCACACUCUGGAGAGUUGGAACUGCCACGCAAUCUCAGCCUUUUACCAGUUUCAGACCAGGAUCCACUCAUCUCUCAUGUCAGUGAACCUCCCAACGUACAAUCAGAACCUCACCUUCUGUGCCCAUCUGGGCCAGAAACCGUUUCCUGAGGAUAAACUUGAAGAGCACUACUUGCUGGAUUCAAUAGAGUGGCCUGGCCCUCCAGCUCGCUUUGCUCCACCCAGCCUACGCCAGACAAGCGACCCUGUCCACAGUCUCUUCACCAUCCUUCCCCAUAAGGAAAGAAGAGAGUGGCGCAUCGGGGACCAGCUGGAGGCUCUGGUCCAAAUGCACGACUAUCAGGGUCGCCCUAAGCAUUAUGGCGGGGACUUUCUCCUUGCCAGGCUGCAUUCUCCAGAGCUCGGAGCGGGUGUAGCUGGGACGGUGGUAGACCACAGGAAUGGAAUUUAUUCUGUUCUGUUCCCGCUGCUCUGGGUGGGGUCCGCCCAGGUCGAGAUAACGCUUGUGCACUCCAGCGAGGCGGUCGCUGUGCUGAAACACUUGAGGGAGCAUCGGCCCGAUCGGGUUUUCUUCAAGAGCCUGUUCCGCUUGGGCUUCUUGUCAGAAACGACAGUGUGCAACAUGUGCUUACCCUCCGACCAGCAUUCUCUGUGCAACUAUACAGACCUCUACACGGGCGAACCCUGGUACUGCUACAAACCCAAGAUACUCGGCUGUGACACCAGAAUCAACCAUGCCAAAGGGGGAUAUUUAAAACACCUCCUGACCAACAAGGAGGCUCUGCUCUUCCAGAGUGGUGUAAACAUCAAAGUUCAAAUACACGCCUCAGGAAAAGACAGAAUCAAUGUGCUGCCACCUGAAGCAGAUGAUGUUGAGAAGGAAAACAGCUCUGAAAGAACAGAGCCGGUUAAGCCUAAGCCUUCUGGAUAUUAUUUCAAAGACUCAUGGAGGCCGUUAGGAGGGACCGUCAUGCGUCACUUCAACGAAUCGGCGGUAAUCACUCAGUGUUUGAGGAACAAGGUGAUCAACAUGUACGGAGACUCGACCGUUCGACAGUGGUUCGAGUACCUCAUUACUUUGGUCCCAGAGUUGAAGGAGAUAAAUCUACACAGUCCCAAAAAUGUGGGGCCCUUCAUGGCCGUGGACACAACCCAUAACAUUCUGUUAAAGUACCGCUGCCAUGGCCCGCCCAUCCGCUUUUCCACCGUCCUGUCCAGCGAGCUGCGUUACGUUUUUAAUGAACUGGACGGCCUCUCCGGAGGCCCCAACACCGUGGUGGUCCUCAGCAUCUGGGCCCACUUCAGCACCUUCCCCGUGGAGGUGUACAUCCGGCGCCUCCGGCACAUUCGGCGGGCGCUGUUGAGGUUGCUGGGCCGGGCACCGGAGACGCUGGUGGUGAUCCGGUCGGCCAACCUCCAAGCCCUGGAUGCGGAGGUGAGCCUGUACAACAGCGACUGGUACUCCCUGCAGCUGGACACGGUGCUUAAGGCCAUGUUCAGAGGCAUGGAUGUUCUCAUGGUGGACGCCUGGGAAAUGAGUUUGGCUCAUCACCUCCCUCACGCCCUUCAUCCUCCUCAGGCCAUCGUGCAGAACAUGAUAGACAUGCUUCUGUCUUACGUCUGCCCAGUGACAAAGUCAAGGACAAAGUAGAAGCUGCGACGUCUGGUGAAGAUAUCCGUUUGUCGAAGGGAACGGGAAUCCGUCUGUCAACUGUAUGGAUCUGAACAGCUUUUCUUCUGUUCUGCUUCUCAGAGCCACCCUCCCAAAUUUUAGCGAAUGGUUUUAUAUUUACUGUGUUUUGCAUUAUUCCAGAAAUGCCAAAGACUCUGGCAGAAUCAUUUCUUCUCCAUUGGUGGCACCAAAGUGAACGUGUGUGUGCAUGUCGAGUAUACCCGGUGUCUUCACGCCUCUUUACUCACAACAUGCUGAGGCAGUGAAAACAUCUUUUGGGGCCAAUGUAAGAGAGGCUUUCGUCUUCUUUUUGGUUAGCAGACAUUUUGUUUUGCCUGAGAAUUUUUCUAUUUUUGCCUUUUACAUAAUUAGUCACAAGAGCUCCUUGUGACUAAUUAUGUCACUAGACAGUGCCUCAAAUGGUUUUGUUUUUCCUUUUAUAUUUGGCUACUCCUCCCAAGUGCUUAGGAACUCUUUUCACCGCUGAUAGAUGUCAGCAGCAGCUUUGGAUAGAUGUUUUUCCUCUAGGCAUUCACUGAGUUUUUUUUUGACUGAUAUUAUUUUUAGCAUUUAGGUGUGACAAACAAAGAGAAUCAGAAGAAAUCUGCAAGACAAGCAAAUACUUUCUCACAGCAAUGUAGAUGUUUAUUCUGUGGUGGCGAUCAAUUAUAUCCACCUUUAGACUCCAUGUGUUCCUCCUGUUUUUCACAGGGAAAUUGUUUGUCUGAAGGAACUGAGCCUUACAAAUCAUUGCAUUUUUCAGUAGGUUGAAAAAUAUUAUAAAACAAGCUUUUGUUUAGUGUAACAUGUUUACAAGCAUAUUAACUCUCACUAUGUUUACUUUAAUAGCGUUUCACUCCUCAGUAUGAGAAAAUGUAAAGUGAAUCAAAUUUUUUUUACAGAUUUCUGAUCAAAAAUUUGCCUCAAGAGGAUGUUAGAAUGUGUUACAGUUAGUUUCAUCAUUGAAUAUUGAUUUAAGUGAGAAAUAACCAUUGCUGGCUCGUGUUGGAAUAUAAUUAUCUAGGAUAUUUUAUUUAAAAAAAUGUGAAACUCUGUGAGCUAUCAGUAUUUAAAAAAUAUAACGAGAAUACAUGCACUUUUAAAUAGAAACUUUUACUUAUCUUGUAAUUUAGUACAUGGAAUAACCAAGGCUACUCUAUUUUUUGGGGAUUUGGGAGAUUUUUAAUUUUGUGGCAUCUCACCUCUUACAGAUAUCAAAAAUACCACGUGUGCCACUAGAUACAUACAAGCCAAAUCUACCUGCAAAGACCCAAUAAUGUUACUUAAUCUCUUGCUAACCUAUGCCGACACUUUGUCUGCACCGAUGAAGAUGCAGACCUCGGCAUGCAGAAUGCUUGGAGUGGCUGACACAUUACGAGAGUCGGACCUAGUUUUAAACUCAUUCUGCUAAUUAUUUAGCCAUUUGGGGGACAUGAAGACCGUCUAGAGUAUUAAACCAAAAUCAGCCCAAGAUGGUCAAAGAAAUGGAAACAAAGCUUACUCUGUUUGCUCUUAAGCAGGCUUAUGCUGUAGAUUUUGCAAUCUUCAUCAAUAAAAACAUUUUCACAUUUUGUCAAAUGCAACAUAAUUAAC